UCGACGCUGCUGCUACUGGCGGUGGCGUUGGUAGUGGUGUCGUCUCCGUGGCAUUCCUCUCCGGUCGAUGCCUCCGUUUCCUACGACCACAAGGCUAUCAUCGUCAAUGGGCAGAGGAGGAUUCUAAUCUCCGGUUCCAUUCACUAUCCCAGGAGCACCCCGGAGAUGUGGCCGGAUCUCAUCCGGAAGGCUAAAGAUGGCGGCUUGGAUGUUAUCCAGACCUAUGUGUUCUGGAACGGCCACGAGCCGUCCCCUGGCCAGUAUUAUUUUGGUGGUAAUUACGACCUGGUUCGCUUCAUCAAGCUGGUGAAGCAGGCCGGCCUCUAUGUUCAUCUCCGGAUUGGUCCUUAUGUUUGUGCCGAAUGGAACUUUGGGGGAUUUCCUGUCUGGCUAAAAUAUGUUCCUGGCAUCACUUUCAGGAGCGACAAUGGACCUUUCAAGGCGGCCAUGGCGAAGUUCACAGAGAAGAUUGUCGCCAUGAUGAAGUCUGAAGGAUUAUUUGAAUCACAGGGUGGUCCCAUUAUCCUCUCUCAGAUUGAAAAUGAAUAUAGUAUACAGGAGUACUAUGACGGCGCUGCAGCCAAGAACUACCUAAGCUGGGCUGCUCAAAUGGCAGUGGGUCUCAACACCGGUGUGCCGUGGGUCAUGUGCAAGCAAGAUGAUGCACCUGAUCCAGUGAUCAAUGCCUGCAAUGGGUUCUACUGCGAUUACUUCUCACCAAACAAGCCUUAUAAACCGACCAUAUGGACUGAAGCUUGGACUGGCUGGUUCACUGGUUUCGGGGGUCCAAUUCCUCACCGGCCUGUUCAGGACAUGGCUUUUGCUGUCGCAAGGUUUAUAGCGAAAGGUGGUUCCUUCGUUAACUACUAUAUGUACCAUGGAGGAACAAACUUCGGUAGGACGGCUGGUGGUCCUUUUAUUGCGACGAGCUAUGACUAUGAUGCCCCAAUCGAUGAAUACGGUCUGUUAAGGCAACCGAAAUGGGGACAUCUGACAGACCUGCAUAAAGCAAUCAAAUUGUGCGAACCAGCUCUUGUGUCUGGGGAUCCCACAGUGACAAAUCUCGGAAAGUAUCAGGAGGUU